UUGCGUUAUCCAAGUGGUAAAACCAUGGCCACAAAUAUCUUCUCUGCGUCGCCUGUAAUCUCCGCCGCCGCAAAGACAACCCCGCCUCCGGCGAGGUCUCCGCCGCCGCGUACGAGCGCCUCACUCACGGCUGCGGCCGCUUUUGCCGCCGUCUCCGUGAUGGCGACGGCCCCCGCGCUGCCGGCGGAGGCUUUCAGGGUGUACUACGGAACCGCGGCGAGUGCGGCUAACUACGGCGGCUAUGGCGGGAAUUCAGACCCGAAGACGUCGGCGGAGUACGUGUACGAGGUACCGGAGGGUUGGAAGGAGAGGCUGGUGUCGAAGGUGGAGAAGGGGACGAACGGUACGGACAGCGAAUUCUACAACCCUAAGAAGAGGACGGAGAGGGAGUACCUGACGUUCCUGUCGGGGUUCAGACAGCUAGCCCCUCGGGACGUGAUACUGAACAACCUGGCAUUGUCGGACGUUGAUCUGCAGGAUCUGAUCGCCGGCGCCGACAAUGUGUUGUCGGAGGAGAAGAAGGACGAGCAGGGUCAGGUGUAUUACGUGUACGAGAUCGAAGGGAUCGGAAAGCACAGCUUGAUCGCGGUGACAUGCGCGAAGAACAAGCUCUACGCCCAUUUCGUCAACGCCCCUGCCCCUGAAUGGAACCGCGACGAAGAUACCUUAAGGCAUCUCCACGAUUCCUUCAAGACUGUCUCCGGCUCCUCGUCCUGAUCCGACCCACACUCCUUCUCCUUGCCUCUGUGUUUGUGAGUUUGUAUAAUCAAACCCAUGUCUGUGUACCUCUUGAUUUGAUGAUUAUUGGUGAAUACAUAUAUGUAUAUGAUCA